CCUGAAUUCAUGUGAUCUGUGAGGAUGUUUUUCAAGGAGUUCUUUGAUUCCAGGUCCAGGUCCUAUCGCAAGCCAAAUCCUUUAUUUGAGAAGCUGAAGAGGAAGCAUGAGAGGGUCAUGUCAGACCUGCAGCGCUUGGAGGACGAGAAGAACGAAGUCACAGAAAAGUUCAAUGAGCUCGCUAAGAAGUCAUUAUUCUAUUGCAAUCUGCAGUACCAGCUCCUCCUGGAGAAGUAUCAGAUGGAGGAUAUGGUGGACUUGCUGAAGCAGGAGAACAAGAAAUUGCUGGAGUAUUGGGUCCUGCUGCAGAAGCACUUGGAGGAUUUGCACUUGGUCUUUCAGGACCAAGAGGAAGAGAACAGAGACCUGCAGACCCAGGAGCAUCAGGAGCAGCGGAGUCUGGAGGAAAGUCUGCAGUCCCCAGUGAAGCAGAGGGAGCUAGUAAACCAGGAAAAGAAUUUGGCAGUAAAUCUGCAACAUCACGCGACUGUCUCCCAGAUGAGGUCAGAGAAUCUCCAGCAUGAGCCAGAGCAAUCCUCAGCACAGGAUGAGAGCCUCCCGCCAACAGAGCUGCUGCAACAGGAGCACUAA